UACGAACGCGCACAAGAUAAAUACGAAUGAAUUUAUCAGGGCAUUUUUAUUUCGUAUCUUUAUCAAUUUUAUUUUUAUAAUUGAUGAUAGUAUGAACAAUAAAUGCAACACGAUAACAAAGAAAAAAUGUUAAAAUAAAUUGGAAUUAAAAUUUUCAAAUAUAAUCAAAAUAUGGACAAGAAAACAUAUAAAAAAUAUAAACGAAGGAUUGCCGAAGCAGUAGCUGCAAUUGAUAAUAAACCUCCAAAGUUCAAAUUAGCUACUUAUUAUAAAACUACUAAUUUACAGCUGGAUGCAGUUAGAGUAAAAGAAAUAGAUAAGGAAAAUAUGAAAUUACUGAGGAAGAUGAACAUAAUUACUCGAACAGGUGGAAAUGUUGAUUGUUGGGGAACAAAUAAGAUAGAAUACAAAUCAAAAUAUGAUGACCAAAAUAUAAUUAACAAGAAUAUCAUGAAAGAUAAUGAAAUUUUAUUAAAAAAUAUUCGCGAUGCCAGUACUCAUUAUCCUGUUGCGGAAUUAAUAAAAAGUUGGAAAACUAUGCAAAUAAAAUCGAUGCACGGCAGAAGACAUUCCAAAGGACUUACAUUUGAAAUUACUGGACCACAAAUGAACAAAGAUGAUUGUAUGGCCAGUAAUUUAUCAGUAUUGAAAAACAUGAAUCCAUCUAUUCGGACGAAAUGUUUCUUCGAAAUUAAAGUCCAAACCGACGAUCAGAUAUUAGGACGCAUUCAAUUUGAACUUUAUGAUGAUAUCGUACCAAAAACGUGUGCUAAUUUUGCGGAACUGUGUAGUGGAACCACUAAUGGUUUAUCGUACAAAAAUACACCAUUCCAUCGUAUCGUUUCCGGUUACUGGUGCCAAGGUGGGGAUAUUACAAAAUUUAACGGCAGCGGAGGAACAUCCAUUUAUGGAGAUUCAUUUGAAAAUGAGAAUUACAAUUUACGCCAUGCCGGGCUUGGAGUUUUGUCCAUGUGCAACGAUGAUAAUAAUAGAUGCGAUUCCAAAUUUAAUCUUACUUUUAGGCGUUUAGAAACAGUUGACAAUAAACACGUAGUCUUUGGAAAAGUUACUUCCGGUAUUUCAAAUAUUAGCAAGAUUGAAGAAUUUGGUACAAAAACAGGAAAACCAAUCAAAACAGUAAUUAUAUGUGAUUGCGGUGUUGUAUCAAGAAAAUAAGAACAUUUGUAAGAUUUAAUUGACCAAUCACUUAAAGUUUCAAUGAAAUAAUUUCACAAAGUUAGUAACAUAAUUUUAUGUUAUAGUAAUUCGAAUUAUUAUAAUUAACAAUUUGGUAAUCUUCGAUUAUAUGAAGAUGCACGCUAUUCUUAUUUAUUCAGUUUAUUUUCCUUUUGUCAGUAUUAUAAUUUACAUAGUUUGCAAAAAUACAGUCUGUGAAAAACUUACAGAUAAAGAUAUUUUCUUACAUGUUACACAUGAUAAUAACAAAUAUUAUUUUUAAAAUCAUUACGUUUCCAACAAAAGAUCUACAUUAAUACCAUAUUUCCU